UAUAUAUAUAUAUAUCCAAAUAAAAGAGAGUCUUGGAUGUUUUAAUUAACAACGAUGAAUUAAUAAUAGAGACCUUUUCCAAUGGAUCUGAAAAGCUCCUCCCAAGAUCAAGAACGUCAAAAGCUCCAAAUAUUCUUUGUUCCAAAACGAGAUGUUCGUUAUAUCUUAGCUUUAUUCAUCCUAAUAAUCUCUUCAUUCGUUAUUUCAAGGCUCGUUAAUCUCACAACCCCUUUCGAUCGAGGCUUCUUCAUCUUUUUUCUUUCCAAUAAUAAUAAUAAUUCCAAAACGACGUCGUCGUGUGAUUAUUCGUAUGGGAGAUGGGUUUGGGAUGAGACUCGUAUUCUCGACUCCUACAACGAGAGCUGCCGCUUUCUCGACCCCGGAUUUCGUUGCCGCCAAAAUGGACGGACCAACGAAGAUUUUCGCCGGUGGCGAUGGCAACCCGACGGCUGUGAUCUUCCAAGAUUUAACGCCAGCGAUUUCCUAGAGAGAAGCCGAAAUGGAAGAAUAGUAUUUGCAGGAGACUCCAUUGGAAGGAAUCAGUGGGAAUCUUUACUGUGCAUGCUAGCUCAGGGAGUGUCCAACAAGUCGACAAUCCAUGAAGUCAAUGGCAAACCCAUAACCAAACACAAGGGCUUUCUCUCUAUGAGGUUUCCUCACUAUAAUCUUACUGUUGAGUAUUACAGAGCUCCUUUCCUUGUCAUCAAUGGCCGCCCACCGAAGAAUUCUUCGAAACAAGUGUUCAGCUCUGUUAAACUUGACCAGUUGCAUUGGUAUUCCAAGUACUGGAUGGGAGCUGAUGUUUUGGUUUUUAACGAUGGACAUUGGUGGAACAAGGACAAGACAAUUAACAUGGGCUGUUAUUUCGAGGAAAAUAAAAAAAUAAAUAUGACGAUGGAUGUUAUGGAAGCUUUUAGAAGAUCCUUACAAACAUGGAAAUCUUGGGCAAUGAACAGUCUUGAUCCUGAAAAGAGCCAUAUAUUCUUUCGUAGCUACUCCCCAGUACAUUACAGGAACGGGACAUGGAAUGAAGGGGGUAACUGUGAUAUCCAUGUGGGACCAGAAACAGAUUACAAGAAACUCGAAGCUGAUCCACCCUAUAAUCAGAUCAUGUAUAACGCGAUUAAACAGAUGGAUAAUGGAAACUGGAAGGUCAAGUUCUUGAACAUCACAUAUCUAACUGAGAUCAGAAAGGACGGUCACCCUUCCAAGUAUCGUGAACCUCGAACCCCACAAUUUUCUCCACAGGAUUGUAGCCAUUGGUGCCUACCUGGAGUGCCAGACACAUGGAAUGAACUUCUUUACGCUCAUCUACUAUCGAAAGGAUUCAAAACCAAAUGAAGUAGAAGUGAAAAUACCUUUAUAGUUUGGGAAAAAAAUUCAGCUUCAACUGUACAUAGUCAAGGAUUCAUUCUACUCAAGCCAGUUCCUCUACACUUUCAUCUGAGCUCUCUUCGCUGGUUUCAAUUUCCUUUACCUUCUCAAGUUGCCUCAAGAGAUCCAACCUUUCCGAUCCGUAUGUAGAGGGUAUCUGUCAAAGAACAUAACAGUGAAGGUUCAUACAAGUCUCAACUCCAAGAAAAAAUUUCAAAACUACGUCUCCUCAGUUUUGAAAAUUCACUCACCAGAGAUGGUACAUAUCUCUGAAUAGCAGCCAACAUAGCUGCAUGCCCGACUGCAGUAACCUGUUGGAAACAUUGAUUCUCCAUAGUAAGUUUCAGUAGGUCAAACAGCUAGCAGAUUUAUUCUGAAAUUGUAAUGCAUAAAUACAAAAGAUUGUUGAUCCUUUUAUGUAUGAUGAUGGAGUUAUAUGAAAUGAAUGAUCUAUUAAGUGACCCUUUGAAACUUAAGAAACUCUGAACCAAUCCUUGAACCUACUGUACCUCAACCUGAUCACCAAUGGAUACCUUCUAUAACAUGUCACUGUUGA